AUGCCAAACUGGGGCGGCGGGGCCAAGUGUGCGGCCUGUGAAAAGACUGUGUACCACGCUGAGGAGAUCCAAUGCAACGGGAGGAGCUUCCACAAGACCUGCUUCAUCUGCAGUGAGUUAUCCUCAGUCACCCGCCAUGUAGGCCUAGACUGACAGAGAAGACAAACUGAUGACACGGAUCUGCUUACAGACUCGUUCCAUGUAAUUUCAGUAAGCCAUGACACCUACCAUCUCAUAUUGUUCUAAAAUUGUUUCUGUAGUUAGAAACAGGUAAGAUUGGCAUCCCUGAAACAUUAUUUUGUUGAAAUUGUAUUUUAUCUCAGAGAAAUUAAACUAAUUGAUUGCACACAAAUUGGCCAUUUUAAUUUAUAGGAUUCAGAUAAUAUUCAAUAAAUAUAGUACCCGACAUCUGAUUUGGACCAAAAUCUUCCUGCCAAUGAGUAAGACAUGAGGAAUCCCCAAAAAAUGAUCAAAAGCCACCCACGGACCCCCCACACCCCAUGCCAAUCCCACCCCAACAACCAGUAUACACUAUAAUUUCUCUAUAUUUGACAGGUAAUAUGAAGCUGCAGCUUGGAGUAUUGCUUCUCCAUACUAUGUAAUGUAUUCCCUGUGAAUCUGGUGAUGUUUCUUUUCCCCUGUUCAGAGAAAUUAGUAAUUGAAGUCGCUUGCAUUAUUUACCGUAAAGUAGUGUGAAAGUACCAGGUCUUGACCACUAGAUGCCGCUGUUCCUUCUAUACUGCCACACUCCCAUUUUGCUGGUCUCUUGUGUUUAUUAAAUAGAUCAAAACAUGUAGUUUGCAACUUUGGGUAGAAAACCAAUAGAUUUGGCUCAUGAUGAAAAUAAAUGAUGUGGUCAUCCUUACAAUUCAAGCCAGUCCUCCAUGGAAGCAAAUCAGUUUCUACAUCCUUUACGCUUAAUCUGUGUCAAGGAAACAGUCCCUUUGUGUGUGGUUUAGUUACUGUAAAACAGCUCAAAGAAACUGCAUAGGAUGGGUGGGAGGUAACACAAUGGGUAUGUCUGCGAGAACACAAGGAGAGGGUUAGCCUUUUGACCUUUUAUUGAAUAGAUUUUGUAUCUUUGGUCUUUGUAGGCUUCCAACGCUGUAACCGGUAAUAGAUGAUGAUGAUGAGGAUGGUGAGAAAUGGUGAUGUCUUGGCUGCCACACACCACACUCAUGCAAUACUCACAGUCAAUAACGCAUCUCUAGUGGUCCGUGCUGGUUUGGUUGAAAGAGGACUAAAUGACUGCAGGUGGGGCAUUUAAAGGGAUAGCCCCACCUCUUUCAGUUGGACAUGAUUGUUCUUAACAAGCUUUGAUGGAGGUGUGUGGCAUGCAAUGAGGGUGGGGGGGGUCCCCUCCAGGUAUGAAGGGAGUGGGAGGGGUUUUGUACAGUUACUGUUAGACCAUUCCUGGUGAACAAGCAAACCAUUAGGCUACAGCACUUCUAAUGGAUUCAAUGUUAUAGUCUCUAAUGGUCUUCAAUGGUAAAAGUCUCAAACACACACUGUAUAAUAUUUUGCAAUUGUAAUGGUAUUGGGUUGCAUUGGGUUUAAUGGUAAAUAUUACUAAUCACAAUACAAAUAGAGCUGUUUCCUGAUAAUUGUAUUGAAAAACAUGCAAUUCAUUAUUUUAUUAUGGUUGUCACAACAUUUUAGUCCCUAGCCCAUUUCUCCAUCAAAGUUUUGGGCUUGUGCCUCCCAAGUGUUGCAGUGGUCUAAGGGUGCUUGAGGCGUCACUACAGACCCGGGUUCGAUCCCAGGCUGUGUCACAACCGGCCGUGACCGGGAGUCCCAUAGGGCGGCACACAAUUGGCCCAGCGUCAUCCGGGUCAGGGGAGGGUUUGGCCGGGGUUGUUUUACUUGGCUCAUCGUGCUCUAGCAACUCCUUGUGGUGGGCCGGGCGCCUGCAGGCUGACUUCGGUCGUCAGUUGAAUGGUGUUUCCUCCGACACAUUGGUUAAGCGGGCGGGUGUUAAGAAGCGCGGUUUGGUGUGUCAUGUUUCUGAGGACGCAUGACUCAACCUUCGCCUCUCCUGAGCCCGUUGGGGAGUUGCAGCGAUGAGACAAGAUCGCAAUUGGAUAUCACGAAAUUGGGGAGAAAAAGGGGGUAAAAAAAGGUUAAAACCACACUAUUAAUUUUCAGAAUGAGAUAAUGUCGGUAAUGUUGGUCACAGAUACCUUAAAAAAAGGUGUGGAUCAGAAAACUAGUCUGUAUCUGGUGUGACCACCAUUUGCCUCAUGCAGCACGACACAUCUCCUUCCGCCUAGAGUUGAUCAGGCUGUUGAUUGUGGCCUGUGGAAUGUUGUCCCACUCCUCUUCAAUGGCUGUGCGAAGUUGCUGGAUAUUGGUGAAACUGGAACACGCUAUCGUACACAUCAAUCCAGAGCAUCCCAAACAUUCUCAAUGGGUGGUGACAUUUACAUUUUACAUUUUAGUCAUUUAGCAGACGCUCUUCUCCAGAGCGACUUACAGUUAGUGAGUGCAUACAUUAUUUUAUUUUUUCAUACAGUCCCCCCGUGGGAAUCGAACCCACAACUGAGCUACAUCCCUGCCGGCCAUUCCCUCCCCUACCCUGGACGACGCUGGGCCAAUUGUGCGCCGCCCCAUGGGUCUCCCGGUCGCGGCCGGCUACGACAGAGCCUGAAUUCGAACCAGGAUCUCUAGUGGCACAGCUAGCACUGCGAUGCAGUGCCUUAGACCACUGCGCCACUCGGGAGGUGUGUCUGGUGAGUAUGCAGGUCAUGGAAGAACUGGGACAUUUUCAGUUUCCAGGAAACGUGUACAGAUCCUUGCGACAUGGGCCCGUGCAUCAUCAUGCUGAAACAUGAGGUGAUGGCGGCGGAUGAAUGGCACGACAAUGGGUCCCAGGAUCUUGUCACGGUAUCUCUGUGCAUUCAAAUUGCCAUUGACUAAAUGCAAUUGUGUUCGUUGUCCGUAGCUUAUGCCUGCCCAUACCAUAACCAAACUGCCACUCUGGGGCACUCUGUUCACAACGUUGACAUCAGCAAACCGCUCGUCCACCCGACGCCAUCUGCCCGGUACAGUUGAAACCGGAAUUCAUCCGUGAAGGGCACACUUCUCCAGCAUGCCAGUGGCCAUCGAAGGUGAGCAUUUGCCCACUGAAGUCGGUUACAACACGAACUGCAGUCAGGCCAAGACCCUGGUGAGGACGACGACCACACAGAUGAGCUUCCCUGAGACGGUUUCUGACAGUUUGUGCAGAAAUUCUUUGGUUGUGCAAACACACAGUUUCAUCAGCUGUCCAGGUGGAUGGUCCAGCUGUCCGGGUGGCUGGAUGUGGAAGUCCUGGGCUGGCGUGGUUACACGUGGUCUGCAGUUGUGAGGCCGGUUGGACGUACUGCCAAAUUCUCCAAAACGACGUUGGAGGGAGGCAGCUUAUGGGGGGUUACCAGUCUGCUAGUACAGGAGUAGUAUAGCCAGUGCACUACCCUUUUUGUUGUUGAAAAAUAUAUAUUUUCCCACACUGCAGACGGUUAUAUCGGUCCGCUAAUACAGGAGUAUUUUUUAUAUAUUUUUUUAUUUAAAACGUUUAUGGGGGUGCUGCAGCACUCUCAGCACCCCUACUUCCCGCGGCUAUGUCUGCCUUCACUGCCUUCACUGUAUCAUAUUCUCAUUAAGGAACCAGCUCAAAGGGUUUUAAAGGAGCAAUAUGUUGUAGAAUGUAAACUAGCAAACACAGGAAUACAAAGAAGUUGACAAGAUUUGGACAAGCUGGCUUCUGUUUACAGUUCUACAGUUGCCAUCUUAUUGCGGUCCCACCCUUCUUUAACAGUCAAGUCACACCUUGAAACUCAAACAAUAAUCCUCUUCUUUCGUUUGGCUUUGAGGUUGUCUGUUUAAUUCUGCCUGGUCAACCAAACAACCAGCAAACCCUUCACUCCGUAGGCAGUGGUCAUUAUUCCCAGCCAGUCUAUCAGUGUUGUGGUGUUUUUAAGAUGACUUGUUAUCCUUAGAUUUGAGCCCUGAAUCCAGCUGCCUCUUACACAGAGAACCUCUUAGUUUAUGCAGAUUAUAUUUUAGUGGUCACUGGACCAUGAGAGAUCACGGCAGCAGCAAAGAGAGGGGAAAGGUGGAGCCCCUAUCAGAGCACACAAAAUGGACCCCCUAAAAUGUCCGUACUCCUCCUAAUGCCCCACUCAAAUAGCACGUUUCAAUCUCACCUAAUUACUCGUGAAUGGCUGGGGCUGGGCUUUGGACUGGGGGCUGCCAAUAGGUAGAUAGCACCACUGGGAGCACUAAAAGGCCUUUGUAAUUAUCUGCAAUUGAGGAGGGAUCUGCUGCUCCAUCUUGCUGGGGCUGGCAAAUGGGAGAGUCUGUUUGUCCACUAUUAGCCUCUGUCCUACACAGUGGUGGAAAAAGUACCCAAUUGUCAUACUUGAGUAAAAGUAAAGAUACCUUAAUAGAAAAUGACUCAAGUAAAAGUACAAGUCACCCAGUAAAAUUAUUUGAUUUAAAAUAUACUUAAGUAUCAAAAGUAAAAGUAUAAAUCAUUUCAAAUUCCUUAUAUUAAGCAAACCAAACGGCACCAUUUUCCCCAAAAAAAUUUUACGGAUAGCCAGAGGCACACUCCAACAUUCCUACAUCAUUUACAAACGAAGCAUGUGUUUAGUGAGUCCGCCAGAUCAGAGGCAGUAGGGAUGACCAGGGAUGUUCUGUUGAUUGGACAAUUUUCAUGUCCAGCUAAGCAUUCAAAAUGUAACGAGGACUUUUGGGUAUCCAGGAAAAUGUAUGGAGUAAAAAGUACAUUAUUUUGAGUACUUAAGUACUUUACACCACUAGUCCUACACAACCCCUCCGGACUGUAGUUUUCAGAAAUAGACCCUGACCAGGGACAGCUGAAAGGGCUGUGUUGAUUGACGUGGGUGGGACCAUUAUUAGACUCCAGGCCCAGGCUUCUGCGGCCUAGUAAUAUGAAUAAUGCCAUUAUGCACAGCCUGAUAUAGUCGCUUAAUAGGUAUCCGGGCAUGAAAAAAUAUAUUUUGCUAUUAAAAUAAAGGAACCAAUUUUUUUGCUGUCCAACCUCUAUCCUGACAAACUGACGAAAGUUAGUCCAUAGCUGUCAUGGCCACAACAUUCUUUCUCUUGUAAACUGUGGUUAAGUGUAGACAGUGUGUCAAUGUGUUCAAGUGUUGGUUUGGUUUUGCUCUUCACCUCAGUGGCCUGCAGGAAAGGACUGGACAGUACAACAGUUGCGGCGCAUGAGUCAGAGAUCUACUGCAAGUCCUGCUACGGCAAGAAGUAUGGGCCAAAAGGCUACGGGUACGGCCAGGGUGCCGGAGCCCUCAGCUCUGACCCCCCUGGACAGAACCUGGACAUGCAAACUCAAGAGUAGGUCCCUCUCGUUAUUCUCUCUGACACCCACACCCCCCAUCUCUACCCCUCUCUCUGUUCAUCUGAACAACCAAUUUAAGGACUCGACACAACUAACGUUGAAUAGGCCUACUUAAUUAAAAACACGGCGAUGUCCAAGACACUGCUGCAGUUAAAUAUCAAUGAAAACCUACAUCAGUCAUAUUUUCAUUAUCAAAGAGACACACAAAUACAGCUUUCAUAAAAGGUUUCCCAGACUUUUAAAUGUUACCAAGGAAACAUUUUAAUCGACAUGUUCAACAUAUGGCAAAGCCUCUCUGUGAAUAUGGAUGUUCGUGUUGGUCUCUUUGGAUAUUUAUUGUAAUUUAUUCUUUCCUCUUUAUGAAGCUCUAAACCUCGCCCCACAUCCACAAACUCCAACUCCAGUAAGUUUGCACACAGGUUUGGAAGUUCAGAUUGCUGCCAAAGAUGUUCGAAGGCUGUCUACGCAGCAGAGAAGAUCAUAGCGGCAGGAAAGGUAAAAGUCCUCUAUAUAAGCCUUGCUUGCACCCUUUAGACCACAACAAUACAAAGAUCAGCUAACUCUGAUAUACGGGUGUAUUUCUUGUUGCAGCCUUGGCAUAAAACCUGCUUCCGCUGUUUGCUGUGUGGGAAGAGCCUGGAGUCUACCACAGUGACAGACAAGGAUGGGGAACUCUACUGUAAAGGUACAUACACGCACACACACAGGACCAAACAAGCUCCCACCAUUUACGUGCUGUAAAGACCACACCGCUAGCCUGCCCUACAGAGCUAUCUUAGAUCAAUUAUACAGCCAGGCUUCAGUAGAAACCAGUGGCGGUCGGUGACGUUUAAGAUGAGAGAGAAUGGCCUUAUUUAUAUUACUGCAUAUUGGAUGACACACAUUCAUAAUCCAUUCACCCAGCUCAAUGUAACAUCGAUAUGUUUAGGCUACUACAUGAUACUCAAAUUUUCCCUAUACCCAUCAUGAGGUUGCUACAACCUAGCCUAUGAAUGAAAGUUUACAACGUAAGUGCACAGGUCAAAAGAAAUUUGAGUAAUCAAGGUCACAGACAUUGACACAUUCAAUACCGCCUUGCACACUCUUGCCUGCAUCUAGCUGAUCUAGGGUGUAAUCAUUAGUCCAACAGUUGCAAACAAGUUUCUAUUCGACAGAUUCAGGUAUGUUUAUCCCCGUUUCGUUCUGUUUGCUUCCGUUUAAGAAAUGUUUUUCAACAGAAUCGGUGGAAUGAAUACACCCCUGAUCUAACGCAAACACAGUUCACUUUCAUAGCAGCCACAUACAAACAGCAUGAUAACUUUGCUCGUUGUAAUUACUUCUCGCAUCUACGCACUCUCCUCUCACCUUUUCCCUUUGCUUGUGGACUUUAGUGCACAACACAUCAGUGACCAGGCAACAAAAAACUUUCCAAGCCAAACCUUCAUAUGAUAACCGCUAACCACAACACACAGCCUACAUCGUUGUCACCAUAUUCAUGUCAUAGUCAACAUAUCUACUAGAACUAACACGUUAGUAAACCAGCUACAAUCAUGCAGUACAGUGUACAGUCAGCAGCAAGCAGUUUAGCAGUUACACCGGCGGCAAUAAAUUAAUAAAACCAAAAGCUUACCUUGUCUUGGAAGAGUUCCAGUGUUGUCCUCUGGCUACACCAUGGCGCUACCCUACAGAGUGCUGUUGAGGCUACUGUAGACCUUCAUUGCAAAGCAAUGUGUUUUAAUCAAUUAUUUGGUGAUGUGAAUAUAUUUAGUAUAGUUUUAUCUAAUAAUGAUUUUAAUGUUUCACUAUUUUUAUGAAAUUCACUGAGGAGGAUGGUUCUCCCCUUCCUACACUGAGGAGCCUCCACUGGUAGAAACUCAAGGACCCUCAAUCACCGAUUAGGCUGUGGAUUGCCAGAUGGAGGGACUAAUUUAUCAUACUCAGGCCCUGAUUGAUGCACACAAUUAUCUGUUGCUCUUGUCAACAGGAAGGAACUCAGUACUGUAUCUUUUGGUGUUUCAUUAUUUCUUAGUUGGUUUCUUCCCUCUUUCUUUGUCUUUGCAGUUUGCUACGCCAAAAACUUUGGGCCGAAAGGAAAAGGGCUGGGGAACAUGGGAAUGGUGGAAGAUGGAGAAUGA